CUCCCUUCCCGCAAACAGCUGUGGCGCGUGAACCGCGGAGGUCGUCCUACCUGGAUGCGGGUCUGAGGUCUGAGGUUUGGGUGGGCGUCCACAGAGCUCUACUUCCCCGCGUUUGGGUCAUCUUUUGGUCGUCAUGGCGAGCCGGCUCCUCCACCUCCUCCACCUCCUCCACGCGCUGCUGCUCCUGCAGCGGAGCGGCGCUCACCUCCACGCAGCUCCGCGCUCCGACGCGCCUCCGGACGCGGAGCGGCGCGUCUUUACGCACGAGAGCCCGGACACGCUCUCCGCCAGCAUGUUCCGGCUGUAUGAGAGCUACAGCAAGGAGCCGCAGAGCCGCAAAGGCGGGAACACCGUGAGGAGCUUCGGAGCCGUCCCUAGAGUUUUAAACGGCAAAGACGUCUUCCAGUUCAACCUGUCCAGCAUCCCGGACUCCGAGGUCGUCCUCCUCGCCUCUUUGCAUUUUCUCCACAAGCGUCCUCGUCACCCCCAGAGGCCGUGGCGUUUCCGACGGCCUCGCCACUCCUCUGCCGGUCCCGCUCCCGUAAGACUCCUCUUCUACGGAUCCUCCCAGAACUCGGCGUUGGGGAACACGACCCUUGCGUCUUUCACCAAAGGCUCGUGGCAGACAGGGGACGCCACGGCGGCGGUGAGACACGCUCGGGAUGCCAAGGAGCCGCUGAUGGCGGUGGAGUUUGACGUGGGGUCUGAGGCGGUGCAGGAGCGGCCCCCACCGACCGGCAUGCCGUACAUGUUGGUGUACGCCGACGACACAGCUAUAGACGAGCCAAACAGCGUGGCCACGACGCUGCAGAGGUACGGGCCAGGCGGCGAGGACAAUUCAGCGUCAAGGAUCCGGAGAGAGCUCCACCUCCAGACUCAAACCAACCACAUCCCAGAGGUGCAUUUCAGCAACCUGAAGAGCCAGGAGCUCUGGCAGAACACCUACUUCCCGGAUAAGACGAAAACGGGCCGGAAGCAGGGACAGGUGAGCGGCGGGGGCGGGGCCAAGCCCCAGGUGCUGAGCUUUGACGAACGGACCAUGAAGAAGGCGAGGAGGAGGCAGUGGAGCGAGCCCAGAGUUUGCUCCAGGCGCUACCUGAGGGUCGACUUCGCUGACAUCGGAUGGAGCGAGUGGGUGUUGGCGCCCAAGUCCUUCGACGCCUACUACUGCGCCGGGACCUGCGGCUUCCCCAUACCCAAAGUUGCACGGCCCUCCAACCACGCCACCAUCCAGAGCAUCGUCAGGGCGGUGGGCAUCGUCCCCGGCAUCCCCGAACCGUGCUGCGUUCCGGACAAGGUCAGCCCCCUCAGCGUUCUGUUCCUGGACCCGGACAGGAACAUGGUGCUGAAGGUCUACCCCGGCAUGGCGGUGGAGACAUGCGCCUGCGGGUAGGGUGGGAAACGUCGAGGAAGAUGACCCGGAAGGCACAUGUAAGAGAAGGGAAAACUCCUGAACUCUUCUCCAUCUUUAUUUAACUGAAGUUGUUGGUUUGUUCCCACUUCCUGCCAGAGGAGGAAGUGACUUCUCGCGGGAUACGGAGGGUUCGGAUCCUGAACACAGAUCGAGUUUCCUUUGAAUUUCUUCCCAGAAUAUUUGAGGCGAUAUUCCCUCUUGUGAUUAAGGAGCGGGUUUCUCCGGUGUCGUUCAGGAUUCAGGCUCAAGUGGUUCAGGACUCUGAAAAGCUGGAAAGACUUUCACAGAAGACUUUUUUGGCCAGCGUUUGGGGUCUGCGUGGGAAUUCACGUCCUAAAAAUUAACAUCCAUCAUUUGUUUUUGUAAAUAAUGUCUUCUCAUGUUGAAAGGCUUUGUGAGGGGAGGCAAAACCUGUGCGCUGCUGCCACCUGCUGGACAUUUUAGUCAAAGCUUUUCUUUUUCAUCAUGAUUUGUACAGAUGAUUAUGUACAGGAUUAGGAUUAGAUUUUCUACAGUAACUCAAUACAGAUUAUAUGAUGUAUUCAUUCAAACUACCAUGAUGCUAAAACACAAAUAAAAGUAACAGGAUGUGUCAUUUAAGUUACUUUACUGCGAAAACAAGUAAUUUAUUUUGAUUUUUCUUUACAUGCUUUAAUGUUUUUUUAUUUAACUACUUUAUAUUGUUUUAAAUUGAUUAAAUAUCAAGAUUUUAUCCAACUCCUAAAAACCUUAAGAAUUAAUUUAGCAGAAAUUGACGUAAAAGUUAAGCUCUUUUAGGAUCAUUUCAUAGAAAAGAUUCAAUAAAAACUCUUUAAGUGCAAAAGAAAUUAUUAAAAAUCAUGUGUUUGUGUAUUCUGUAUAUCUUAACCCUAUAUAACCUUUUGUAUCAUAUUUGAUUUGGGCAUUUCUGAGACCCCUAUCUCAUUAACAUGAUCAAAACUUUCCUUAAUAACCCCUUGUGUAUAAUUAGGUCAGUUUUAUCACAUGUAGUUCAUCAGCAUUCCACUAGGGGGAGUAGAAGGGCGUUUCCUGCUUAUUUCAAAAUGUCUGCCUCCAUGAAAUCACAAAAACACUUUUGGCGGGAACAAAUGUAGCUAAUUUUCAAACUUUAUAGUGAUAACAACUCAUCUAUUGUUUUUCAUUUUUACAAAUUGUAUUGAAAUAAUGCAAAUUUUGUAGUUUUUUGGAGAAAAAAACGUACUAAAUCACCCGAAUGUACCAUAACUGAUAGUAUCUACAGUAUAUCUCAUAAAAAUAUGACAUUCCAAUUUUUUUGUGGAUUUCAUCAAGGGGGUUUAAAAUAAACCUCUUAAUUCCAAAA